ACAAACUCGAAGAAAACGAUGUAAUAAAUAAUGUGUCAAGUAAUACAAGUGUAAGUACGUAAUAACAAAAUGAAGUGGUAAUGUUGCCGGCAAAAGGUCCUUUGAUUAAGUAAGCCCUUAGUGUAAUCGAACGUAAUUUAUUUAUAAAUGAAGACUUUUACAAGUGAAUUUAAGUCUGUUAAACAUAGGAAAUCUAACACAUUAUUAUAAAAUAAUAUUAAACAUGAACGUAAUUAAUAAUUACGAAAACGAACGUCGGGGGAGCAGAUCCCGAGCUCUAGAGAGGUCCUUAAGCUAUUCUGAAGCUAUCGGUAAUGGAUCUGGAAGAUCAUCGAUUGAAAUACCGAGAAUAGUCAACACAGAAGUAUACGCAAAUGAAGAGAUAAAAAAACAUUACAGAAUUUCCCAAACAUACGUCGAAGGCAGAGAAAUCGCUUUCCCUUUUGUAAAUAAUGACGAUAACAAUGCGUACCAUGGAGGUAAAAUUGAAUUAGGAUAUACAGAAUAUUCAAGUGAAGACGAACAAACAGAUGAUGGUCUCGUGAUGACGAUUGAUGUUGAGACGGAAAGUCCGAAAAGUUCGGAGAAAAGAAAUAUUUCGGAUGCAUCAACUCAACCCCUCGUCGGUUCCGUCGUGUCGACUGAUAUUUACGACACUAUCGAAAGUGCGGAUAGUAUUUAUAAUGAGACUGACGCAAGAGCACCUUCAGCUCAUGGUUAUUCUACCCCAUAUACGAAAAGGCGCAAGAAAGGCAAACGAUCUCGACGACAACACGGCAGGCCAAUUAGAUCUAGGAGAGUAGUUUAUAAGACUGGAGAAGAGAAUGUACCUGUUAGGAGCAACGUGCCCGCUAAGUCUCUUAAAUACAUGAGGGAUAUCGUCAACACUGUAAUCAACAGCAAAUGGCGUUGCAUACUCCUAAUGAUGAUCUGCACUUAUUUCAUCUUCUGGUUCAUCUUUGCUGGAAUCUGGUACGCGGUGGCAUCUUCCUAUCAAGACGACAUUGGAGAUGGAAAGGAGCACUGUGUUACGGGAACUUCAUCUUUCGCUGGUUUUCUUAUGAUGUCUGUGGAAACUCAGAUGACCAUCGGCUACGGCGUCAGAUAUCCAAACGAAGAGUGCCCUGAAGCUAUCAUUGUUAUGGUUUUAGAGAUUGUAGCGGGAACAGCUCUAUCAGGAGGUCUUUCGAGUUUGCUGUUCACGAAAUUAGUGAGGCCAAAUAAACAUGUAUCGUCUGUUGGGUUCAGUAAGAAAGCCACUGUGUGUCUGCGUGACGGCGAACUCUGCCUUCAGUUCAGGGUGUGGGAUCUACUGAACCUUCACUUGAUUGGGGGUACGAUCACUGCGUACAUGUUGAAACCAAUCAGGACUUUAGAAGGUGAAACCGUGCAAAAUUAUAUUCACCAGCUCGAACUGAAGGAGGCUCGUGCUUUUCUAUUAUGGCCCAUCACAGUGGUCCAUGUGAUUGAUGCGCAGAGUCCUCUCUAUGACUUUACAGCUCAGGAUAUGAUGGACUACAGGUUUGAAAUAGUUGUGUGUUUGACGGGAUCGUCUAAAAAUAUGGGAACAAUGACGCAGAGUAGAACAUCUUAUCUCUCAAAAGAAAUCAUUUGGGGUUACCGAUUCAAGAAUGUUUUGAAGUACUCCAAAAAAGAAGAGGCUUAUGUCAUUGAUUUAGAAAAUCUGAACACCGUCGAACAAGUAGAAACGCCGCUGUGCAGCGCCAGCCGCUUGAAAGAAUUCGAAGAGAACAUCAAAUCGUCUCAACAAUUGCUAUCAACGCCUACCUUCACUUCUCUAUCUCCUACCAACUUAUCUCUAAGCCAGGAAGAUUCAUCAAAUCUAUCCCCAGCCCCUGAAUCUUUACCUUCAUCACCUUCUUUUAGCAGAACUGGUACGCAAAGAAGUUUUGGAUGGCAUUUUAGAAAAUACCGCCCUGAGAAUUAUAUGCAGGAUCAUGGAGUGCAUAUUAUAACUUCAGCCAAAGCGGUUGAAAUUUAAAUAUUAUAAAAUAUUGUAUC